CACGUUACAAACGCUGCACCGAGCCUCGUGAACUCCGAGACCCAGAUGUUACAGGUGAUUUAGUUGUUAAUUAAUUUUUAAAAGCUUCACGCGAGGACUUUAACCUUGACGAUAGGAGACAGACUUUGACACAGCAGUCAUAUAAGUUGAAGAGAAAGGGACUGGAGGUUUACAGUGAGGGAGCUCGGCUGAGACCAUGGCCACGUGGAGGACUGCCGGAGCUCUACUGCUAAUUCUACAGACUGCAUUUUGCCAAAGCACCAUCAGAUGGUGCACCAUCUCAGACCCUGAGCAGAAGAAAUGUCAGGCCAUGUCGCAGGCUUUCUCAGCGGUCUCCAUCCGUCCGUCCCUCAGCUGCGUCCAUGGGCCAACGAUCGAAGGCUGCAUUCAGAAGCUGAAGACUAAAGACGUUGAUGCUCUGUCCAUGUUUGCCACUGAAAUCUAUGCUGCCACAAAGACCACCAACUUCAAGAUGGUUGCAAGUGAAUCAAAAGCUGGAGAUAUUAGCUCCUACUAUGCAGUUGCCGUAGUGAAGGCAGCAAACUCCGGCAUCAACAUCCACAACCUGGAAGGAAAGAAGAGCUGCCACACUGGGAAAGGCCGGACCGCUGGCUGGAAUAUGCCUCUGGGAUACUUAAUAGACCAGGGCUACAUGUCGGUGAUGGGCUGCAACAUUCCACAAGGUGUUGCUAACUUUUUCAACGCGAGCUGUAUCCCUGGAGCCAACCAGGCUGGUGACCCCGUGUCUCUGUGUCAGCUCUGCAAAGGAGAUGAAAGCGGACAGCACAAAUGUGAGAUGAGUGACAAAGAGAAGUACUACAGCUACGAAGGAGCUUUUAGAUGUUUGGUUGAAGAUGCGGGACAGGUGGCUUUCAUUAAACACACUACAGUCCUGGACAACACCAAUGGUCAAGGCCCAGCAUGGGCACAGGCCCUGAAAUCAUCAGACUAUCAGCUGUUGUGUCGCGACGGCACCAGAGCUUCUGUCUCUGACUGGAAAAGGUGCCAUCUUGUUCGAAUCCCAUUUCGUGGCGUCGUAACUAACAGUGACAUCACUCCCUCUGUGGUGUUCAACAUGUUGAAGGAAGGUCUGCAAAAGUCCGGCUUCAAGAUGUUCUCGUCAGCGGAUUACGGAGGGGGAACUGUCCUUUUUUCCGAAUCAACCACCAUGUUUGAAGGCGUUGAGUCCGACGACCCAAAGAAGUGGAUGGGUAGCAACUAUUACAACGUCAUGAGAGCCAUGGACUGUAAACCUGCAGAGAUGCCCAGUGUCUUGAGAUGGUGUGUGCUGUCCAGUGGGGAGCAGCAGAAAUGUGCUGACAUGAGUGUAGCCUUCCAAACUCAGAACCUUACUCCCACCAUUCGAUGUGUCCACGGGGACUCCUUGACCGACUGCAUGGAAAGAAUCAAAAACAACGAGGCAGAUGCCAUAAAUCUGGAUGGAGGUUACAUCUACAAAGCAGGCAAGGACUACGGUUUGGUUCCUGCUGCUGCUGAGAGCUACACAGAUGAACGUGAAGGUUCCAUGUACUAUGCUGUCUCAGUGGUGAGAAAGAGCAGCGUUGACAUCCGUAACCUUGAUGACCUGCGUGGCCGUCGCUCCUGUCACACCGGAUAUGGUCGCACGGCCGGAUGGAACGUUCCCGUAUCAGCGCUGAUGGAGAGAGGACUGAUCCAGAGUGAAGGCUGUGAGAUUCCACAAGCGGUGGGAGAGUUCUUCAAAGAGAGUUGUGUACCUGGUGCCAAUCAACCUGGUUUCCCCGGCAACCUGUGUGACCUGUGUGUGGGAGACGGCUCAGGACAGAACAAGUGUGAAAAAGAAAAAGACCUGUAUGAUGGAUACGACGGUGCCUUCAGAUGUCUGGCAAGUGGAGACGGAGAUGUGGCUUUUGUCAAGCAUUCCACAGUCUUCCAAAACACAGAUGGUCAUUCGUCCGAAUCCUGGGCUGUAGAUCUCCUGUCUAAAGAUUUCCAGCUGCUUUGCUCUCAGGGAACUAAAGCCGAAGUCUCACAAUACAAACACUGUAACCUGGCCAGAGUACCGUCCCAUGCUGUGAUGGUUCGACCAGAUACCAACAUUCACGCCAUCUACGGACUCCUGGAUUAUGCACAGACGUAUUUUGGGAGCGACACAGGUCCCGGUUUCAAGAUGUUUGACUCUCAGGCCUACAAGGGUAAAGAUCUCAUCUUCAAAGAUUCCACUGUUCGAAUCGUGGGCGUCGGUGAAAGGAAGACCUACCAGGAGUGGCUGGGCCAGGGCUACCUGGACUCACUGGUCGACAUGGAAUGCAACUCGUCGAGCGCAGUCGUCUCAUCUGUGUGGAUGCUGCUGCUGACGGCACUGCUCAGCAUUAUGAUGACCAACAGGAUGUGACCUGAAAGUUCACAAACUUUUCUGCACCUCUUCGUUCUUUAAUUCAUGUUUCCCUUCAGUUCUUCGUAUUUUUCCUUGUACCUGAUUAAAUAACCUACAAUUUGAGAAGAUAACAAGAAGAAGCUGACUUUUGAUUCAUUUAAAGGUGUGGAACACUCGUUUAAUCCAUACAUUUGCAGUAGUGGUGGAGUUGCCAAUGCUAAUGGUUAGCUUCUGCUAGUCGAUUUGUUCUCUGCUGGAGAAGUAUAAAUUAGGCUUUACACAUUUCAUUUUUUCUCUGCAAAGCUUGUUUCACACAAAAAAGUGGAUGUUAACUCAACACGAGCCACCGAAAACGGUCAGGGGUGCCCAAUCCCGGUCCUGGAGGGUCAGUAUUCAGCAGGCUUAGUGGAUUCUCUGCUCCUACACACUUGCUUAACCCCGGCUUUCCACAGGAGCCGUCAGCAGCACGUUACUGCAGCAGCACGUCAUAGCUGCUGAUAGGAACCGCUGUGGUCAACAGAACCUUUUCCACGGGAGCCGUCAGCAGCUGUCAGCAGCGCGAGUCGGCCGCGUCUCUGGAGCAGCAUGUCGCGGCCUUUACGCGCCGGUUCUAUUUCCUACGCGCGACGCCUCUGAAACGGGUCAAGUUCGACAUUUUUGGGGAAGGAAAGACAGGAAAUCGGACGCGGAAAUGGAGAGAAGCACCUGAGAUUUUCAGAAUAAAGAACGUACUGCCUUCCGGUUGCUUUACUUUUAAAAAAGUUACUAAAUGUGCGUCCCCGUGAGAAGUUAUCACCUAGCUAGCGGUCUCCUUUGUUUUUCAGGUCCGUAUUGGCGAUUAUAAAACGGACAGAACAUAAAACACAAACCAUGUUGUAAUUUUCUCCUGCUUGUUGUUGUGUUUACUGACGAAGUCACUCGUGUGACUUCGUGCUCUGUCGGUGACAGCUGCUCCCCUGCUGCUUCGCGUCUCGUGGGAAGGGCCAAGCAGCAGUUUACGCGAGCAAGACGUGCUGCUGCAGUAACGUGCUGCUGACGGCUCCCGUGGAAACCCGGGGUAAGAGGUUGAAUCACCUGUUCAGCAGCUCAUCAAGCUCUGCAAAAGCCUGCUAAUCACCUGCUGAUUGAAAUCAGGUGUGUUGAAGCAGAGUUCAAACUCAAACGUGCUGACCGGCCUGACAGGACCACGACUGGGCAGCCCUGGUUUAUGUGAUGCACACCCAAACAGAAAUAUAUUUUAAGCUGCACAAAUUGGUUAAAAUUAAUUUGAAAUUCAACUCUUCUAAAUGAUUUGUGUGUCAACAGAUUACUCUGCUGCUAAUUACUCAGUGAAAAGUGCUAAUUUCUGUUUUCCACCCAAAACAGCUCACCCUAACAGCUCAGCAUGUUAUUCUUUCUGUAUUGUUUUCUGUUUUAAAGCGUUGAUUGGAUGUGUAUUUCCUUAUGCUGAGAGAUUUAUUUUUAUAUGAAGUUCAGAUACCAUAUCAGUGCAUAUGUCCUGAAUCAUGCGGUCAGACACCGUCUUCUCUUAGUUGUAUUUCUGUGUGAAAUGAAUAAGUGUGACUAAUAUUUAGUUGCCAGGCCAGUGUGUCUGCAUAAGUAUUACUGUAUUUAGUUACUAACUGUCAAUGCUUGUCUGAAUAAAAUAAACCUGCAUACAGCAAAAUA